CUAAAAAAUUGGCACGGCUCGUCAUGUUUAGACUUUUGUGAAAACGACAACCCAAGAUAUAAAUGCGAUCGCUCUGGGAAGAAAAUAUGUAUGAAACAUUGGUAUGGUAAAAUUGUUCAGUUUUUUGCAUUAGCGAGAAAGGAAGAUUCACGUGCGGUGAAAAUGGUGAAAAGAUUUGCAAUAAAAAUAAGGAAGGAAAGGAAUGUAAUGUAACACGAUCAUGCAGGAAUAUCUCGGUGAGCGGACUUUUUUAUUGUGAGCCGACAGACGAUAUGAACGACAAAGAUAUUCGAUGUCCAAAUGGUUUAUUGGACACACAAUGUUUGCAAAAUUGCUUUGACAUCGAGCAGCACGCACAGGAAUAUAAGCAGAAAUGCUUGGAAAGUAAAGGAAAAGCAUUACUCUGUUCCGACACAACAAUUUUAGAGGAUCAAUGCGAAAUUAUGCAACCAGCAAAUUUAGGAGGGCACAAAAACUCCAAAAAAGACAAGUCGAAUGUGAAGCUUUACGGUGGUUUAUUUGGUUCGUUUUUACUCGUGAUUAUAAUAACGACGAUUGUGGUAAUUUAUGUCAGUUUGAAGAAAAAAAAUGGCAACAGCACAUCUCCAAUUUAUGAAAAUCCAAAAGAAAUCGCCAAACAUGUGUUCGAGCGAAGCUACAAUCGAGCUGAACUAACUUUAAAUAUUGACGAAUUGAUAAAGCGACGUCAGUCUAGUUAUGAUGAAAUUGGGUAUGUGAACGAAGGAAUGAUGGUUGAGAAUCCUCUGUACCAAUCAAAACGAAAUAUGCGAGCAGUUUCAUCCAACCAUGUUAUUCCUGUGGCACACGUGAUCACCACAAGUGAUAGCCCAGUGUGAAGAAAUAAAAUGACAUGACGAGAUAUAGUGAGAGUCAGAUGGUUCGAAAAUUUUACGUAAACAGGUUCUGUCAGGAGUAUACGAAUGAAACAAAUGCAAUAAAUCAACUUGCUGUGUGCUUUCUUGCUCUUUGUUCAUUUCAGUAUGUUUACAGUUUCAGUGUGUUGUUAUUCUGAACUUAUUCAUACCAUUUCUUGUUAAAAGCACGUCGAUGAACUUGAUUUUUUAUCUCCAUGUACUUCAUAUACGUAAGUGUAAAAUAUAAACACAAUAAUUGUAUAAGAUACUUUCCAAUGUAAAUAGACCAUUAUUUUUGACAAGUGAUUGCUAAUACACAAUUUGAUUAGACAUUUUACGACUUUGCCAGGAAUAGUUUUGAUGCAAGGCUGAUUCUUCAUGUCAAUAAAACGAAGAUAUUUGAUUUUAGUGAAA